AGAGCGUCAAAAUUGGUAACCUGAAUUUGACAUUUUGAUGUUUUUUUCUGGUAAAAAGGACUCUGUGAUCAGAUGAUUGUUGUAAUACGGCAUUAAUUAUGAUGGAAAAAUACGAGAAGAUUCGAGUGGUGGGGAGAGGGGCGUACGGGACUGUUUACCUUUGUAAAAGACUACAUGAUAAUAAGAUGGUGAUUAUCAAGCAGAUUCCAGUGGAGCAGAUGACGAAAGAGGAGAGGCAAGCUGCUUUGAAUGAAGUGAAGGUGUUGUCCAUGUUAGAUCAUCCAAACAUCAUCGAGUAUUAUGAGAAUUUUCUGGAAGACAAGGCAUUGAUGAUUGUGAUGGAGUAUGCACAAGGUGGGACACUCUUUGAAUUUCUCCAGCAACGAAAUGGAAAUUUAUUUGAAGAGGAGGAAAUACUGAAGUACUUUGUACAGAUGCUGCUCUCCCUCCAACAUGUCCACUCAAAGCAGAUCCUUCACAGGGACUUGAAGACGCAGAAUAUUCUCCUGGAUAAGAAGAGGGAAGUUAUCAAAGUUGGAGACUUCGGAAUCUCAAAAGUCCUGAGCAGUAAAAGCAAAGCAUACACAGUGGUUGGAACUCCUUGCUACAUCUCACCAGAGCUCUGUGAAGGAAUGCCUUACAAUCAAAAGAGUGACAUAUGGGCUCUUGGAUGUGUACUUUAUGAGUUGGCAAGUCUGAAGAGGGCAUUUGAAGCUGCUAAUCUGCCAGCAUUAGUUUUAAAAAUCAUGCGUGGAACUUUCGCACCUAUAGCUGAACAUUACAGCAGUGACAUGAGGUCACUCAUCUUAAGUAUGCUGCACCUUGACCCGAAUAAGCGCCCCCACAUCCACCAGAUCAUGGCCCAGCCCAUUGUGAUGAACUCGUUGAUGAAUCUCUAUACGGACAUGGGAAAAAUACCAUGUACCAGAAUCCACCGUCCAAUGCAGCCAGCAGGAAGAGGAAGAAUGCAAAGAACAAGUCCUCAUAUGCCCAGAGGGUCUGUUGCCAGCAUUUCUGAAACUGAACCGAUGGGCCACAAACAUCUUUCACCAAGUACUGUGUACAGCUGGGGCAAUGGCAUCAUGACGCCGGUAAAGCUGCCCUUACCGUCUGUUGAUACACAUGUCACACAGGUAUCCGCAGGCCGGACACAAAAAGCUGCUGUGACAAAGAAUGGUCGGCUCUUUGUUUGGGAGGGUUCCUCAGUUGGUGGGGAAAGUGGUCUCCCAGGUGCUAUAUCCAGUAGCAUGGAUCAGCCAUUGCAGUCAUUCAUACCAAGAUACCUCGAGGGUCAGUCUGGCGUGACGAUACAACACGUUUCAUGCGGUGAUCUUUUCACUGCUUGUCUCACUGAUCGAGGAAUUCUAAUGACAUUUGGAAGUGGUGCUAAUGGUUGUCUUGGUCAUGGUAAUACGCAUGAUGUGACACAGGCUAAGAUAGUGGAGGCUCUCCUUGGUUAUGAAGUGGUAAAUGUGUCCUGCGGUGCUUCCCACGUUUUGGCCGUCACAAAUGAACAUGAGUUGUUCGCCUGGGGCCGGGGCGAGAGCGGUCGCCUUGGUCUCGGUAGCAACCAGUCGUUUCCAUCCCCUCAACCUGUGCCGAUUCCAGACCAAUUUCAGCCCCGAUCCGUCCAUUGUGGAGUCGACUGCUCCGUUGUGAUAACGGUCGAUAAGAAGAUGCUAUGUUGUGGAAGUAACAGGUCCAACAAACUUGCCAUGGAUGAGUUCCAAGGAGAGGGUGGCAUCAGUAAACCGAUGGAGGAGGUUUAUCUAUUCACGCCUGUGGAGGUGCCACCCUUGGUCGAUCUUUCAAUCGAGAGUGUUGCUAUGGGGACAUCACACACUGCUGUUAUUACAGAUAGUGGAGAGUGCUAUACAGUUGGUUCAAACAACUUUGGUCAGUUGGGUCACAAGGUCCACGAAGAUCGCUUACCAGCAAAAGUUGCUCCUUUAGAAUCUGAGGCGCUUUCGACAGUGGCUUGUGGAGACACGUUCACUGUUGGUGUCACGACUGAUGGCAAGGUUUAUACCUGGGGUAAAAAUAGCCGAGGCAGACUCGGGCGGCUGGAUGAUGAAACGAGCGUACCAAAGGUCGUAAAGUUUCCUGGGAAUGAAAUGUUGAAUGUGGUGUCUCUCUCCUGUAGCCAUGGCAACACACUGUUGUCAACAAAACCACCAUCAAGAGGUAACUUGGUUCAAGAAUGAUAAUGCAAAAAUGUUUCACUUGCAUUAGUAACUUUCGUCCUGAACUGAGAUGGAUGUGGAUAUCACUUGUUUGUGUUCUACUGACCUACAAUAAUUGUACUUGGAGGAAGGAGUUAGGAAUAUUGGUGCUAAAUAUGUGGACUUGUUUAGUCCCUCAAUCAGAUUAUGCAGCUGUUCUGUCAAAAAGGGACAAACCAGGCAUGGACAUGUUAAAUGGGUUUAAGCUCGUCUCUGGUAACCAUUUGCAAUAUGAUAGUGCAGUGUCUGUCAUAUGGAGCUGAUGAAAAGCUGACAUAUUUUGUCAUAUUUUUCCAAUCACUUAGCAUGUGGUAUACUUGUAUGACCAUGACUGCACAAUCAUGGUGAUGUUAUGCUAUGAAUCUGCUUAUCUAUUACCUUGUGAAAUGUUUUGUAUUUAUUUGUACUGAGAUAUAUAUAUUUUUUCUUUUCUAAUGAAUAAAUUCAUUGA